AUGAAACGCUUUAAUGUAAGUUACGUGGAAGUGAUCAAAAAUGGUGAAACAAUCUCCAGUUGUUUCCAGCCGUUCCAGAAAAAUGAAAACUAUGGUACCAUAACCUCAGCGAACGAACAGAUAACACCAGUUAUCUUUCAUAAUUUAAUCAUGGAUAUGGUAUUGCCGAAAGUGAUUCCGAUCAAGGGCAACAAAGUCACGAAGAUGUCAAUGAAUCUCAUUGACGGUUUCGAUUGCUUCUACUCUACGGAUGACCAUAACCCCAAGACUGUGUACGUUUGUUUCACGUUGGUAGAUAUACCCAAAAUCUUGCCCAUUAGAAUACUAAGUGGGCUACAGGAUUAUGAUUCCAACGCCACAAACGAACUUUUAAGUUCUCAUGUAGGUCAAAUACUAGACUCAUUCCAUGAAGAGCUAGUAAAAUACCGCAAUCAAACUUUAAACAGUUCUGGGAAUGCUCAGUCUAGUAAAGGAAGCGGUCCAAAUACUAUUAGUGACAUCGGGGAUGCCACCGAAGAUCAAAUAAAAGACGUCAUUCAGAUAAUGAACGAUAAUAUUGAUAAGUUUUUAGAGAGGCAAGAAAGAGUUUCUCUACUGGUGGAUAAAACCUCCCAACUAAAUAGCAACAGUAAUAAAUUUAGACGUAAAGCAGUCAACAUAAAAGAAAUAAUGUGGUGGCAAAAAGUUAAAAAUAUUACACUAUUGACUUUUACAAUUAUAUUGUUUGUUAGUGCCGCUUUCAUGUUCUUCUAUCUGUGGUGA